AUGCGCUUCAUCGCUUGGAAUACUAUGUCACAGUACUCCACCAAUUUCCUCUUGGUUCCCAUCCCUGAAUAUCCCGUCUUGGACUGCGUGCCCAACAAAAUCAUCAAACUGGUCGUCUUGGGCAGUAGCGGCGUUGGCAAAACAGCUCUCAUCGUGCGCUUUCUCACUAAGAGAUUUAUUGGAGACUACGAGGCCAACACUGGUGCCUUGUAUUCCAGAAAAUUCACCAUCGAUGGAGAACAGAUCUCAUUACAAGUUCAGGACACACCCUUUGUUUCGCUGGAGGACGAGAAUGACACCAUCUGCUGCCAGGAACAGAUAAACCGGUCCAUCUACUGGGCCGAUGGCUUUGUGUUUGUCUACUCCAUCACGGACUACGAGAGCUACCGUGCCAUCCGGCCCUUGCACCAGCAUAUUCGGAAGAUCCACCCCAACGCCAACAUCCCGCUGCUGCUCAUGGCCAACAAAGCGGACCUGCUCCGAGCCCGGCAAGUGUCUGCCAAAGAAGGCCGCCAGCUGGCAAACGAGCUGGGCUGCACGUACUCCGAAGUGUCCGCACGGGAGAACUGCGAAGGGGUCCACGAGGCCUUUAAGCAGCUGUGCCAGGAGAUGAGCAGGCUGAUCGGGGGUUGCAACGGGGAGAAGCGCAGAGGGCUCCAUCUCGUCCGGCCCAAGUCCCCCAACAUGCAGGAUUUGAAAAGGAGGCUCAAGCAAGCCUUGUCUUCGAAAGGGAGGGCAACCACAAUGCUCUGAUGUAUCCCCUGGUACCAGCGGAGGGGAAAGAAGUAACCAGACAAUUGAUAUUUAUACCUAUUUAUGGCCUUUCUCUGCCAGCAUCCUUUUGUGUGAAAGAAUUCCUUUCUGAAAAGGAAGCCAUGAUGGAUGGCCACGCUUGGAAUUUCGACCCUUUGGUUAAAAAUGGUCACCAAGUUCAAAGACAGGCAUUCUCAGACAAAACGAGAAACUUUAGCUGGGAGUUUCGUCCACAGUGUGAGCUCAGUGUCCUAACUGGCAUGACAGACAGAUAUUCCUAUCAACAAAUCAAACUCUGCUUUAGCCAUGUGUCUUGCUUCUCCAUGUUUCAAGCAGGCAGCCCGCUUCCCCUCCCUACUCUAAUUCUGUAGGUGUUACAUAUAUGUUUAUUCAUUUUUACAAUCGUCCUUUGCGCUUUUAAGGAAAAUAA